AUGAGAACAAGGCUCUUUACCACUACUAUCAUUACUCGUACUCGAAAAUUUACCACGCCUUGCAGAUUACAGCGACACAUAUCCUCGCUAGCUAACGAAAGUGAAGAAGUUGCUGGAGAAGACAACUCUGCUAAACCACUAGAAUUAGCUACCCAUGAAAAAAUAAUCAGCAUUCUUCGUGCAUCUUCGGCAAUGAAUAGGAUCACAGGGCAAUCUGGCAGAAUGGCUGGAUUACCUGAAAAUCGAUCAAGAUAUGUGAAGGCGUUUCAGCCGGGUCAGAUAUACAAACCAUCGGAUCUAAGCGAGGAUACUAACGUGCAACGAAGAAGAUAUUUAGAGAAGCCGAGACCCACCGUCGAUGUGUUCAAUGUAUUGAGAAUAAACCCAUUGAAGGAGUAUAAGAAUUUCAAUUUACUAUCGAGUUUUGUGUCCGAGAUGGGAAAAAUAUUGCCAAGAUCUCAAACAGGUAUAACAGCCAAAAAUCAGCGCCGAUUAGCUAAAGCCAUCAAACGCGCGCGAUCGUUCGGUCUUAUGCCCUCAACGCAUCGAAUGCCUAUUGAGGAGAUAUCACUAUACGAAAAAACCAAUCGCAAAACACCUGAAAGAGAAGGAAAAAAAUUAUUUGACAUAAGAGGAUAA